AUGGCCCAUCGUUACGAUGAAAAUAUGAGCUUUUUGGAGAGAUAUUUAAAUGUGGUGCUGUGUGUGCUUGCCACAGUGUUUCAUGAUUACGAAUUUAUGCCAAUGAACAAGAAAUAUUAUCAAUCUCGUUUUCCAAAUGCCACUAAAACUGUGGAACAGGUGCAAAAGAAUAUAUCAUUGGUUCUAUUGAAUGAUCAUCACACCAUAAGUACACCCAAGCCGUACGUACCAAAUAUGAUUGAAGUUGCCGGGUUACAUAUUCCCGAGGUAGCUGAACCCUUGCCCAUAGACAUUCUGACAAUGCUUCAAACCCAAGGAGGUUUCAUAUAUGUUGCCUUGGCCGAACAUUUCCCAGAUAAUGUGAUGCAGAUUGUUUUGAAUCAAUUUGGCAUGAUAAAACUCAUGAUAUUAUGGAAUACCCCCCAAUAUCCAUCCGCAGUAUUGCGCGUACCCGGCAAUGUAUAUUUCUUUAGGAAUUUAUCGCACGACGGUAUUCUCAGCCAUCCAAAUUGUAAAUUACUUAUAUCUCACGGUAGUUACUUAAGUGUUGUCGAAAGUAUUCACUAUGGCAUACCGAUUUUGGGCCUAAAAAGUUCUCACAUUGCAACUGGUGAAAUGUUUAAUUUUGUGGAAAAAAUCCGUACUGGAAUUUCAUUGAAAAUUUCAGCAAAAUCAUUGCAUGACCAAGAAAUCUAUAAGGCCAUAGUUGAACUUGUGGAAAAUGAAAAAUAUAUGAAAUUGGCAAAACUAAAAUCAUUUCAAUUCCGUGACAGAUAG